CCCAAACAGAAGCUACAGCUGCAGCGCUGGUUGUGAACUUCUGCCUCUGGUGUUGACAGUUUGGUAAGAAAGCUGUUUCUCGUUGGUUUUCUGUCCUCACACGGUCACACCAGUGCUCCUCACCUUUACAGCUGCUCUUCUCUUCCACCCCGAGAACUGAAUGAGGUGCGUUCCUCUGCCUUUGCUGUUUUGUAAGUGCUGCUGCUGCCGGGAUGGGCCAGCAGAUCUCAGGUCAGUCGGUGAUGACCCGUCUGCCUGAGAAGCUGGUGAAACACGUUGGCCUGGUGCGUGACAGUGGCUACCUCAACUACGAGGAGUUCUUGGGACGAGUGGCCGAGCUUAAUGACGUUACGGCCAAGCUUGCUGCCGGACAGCAGAAGCACCUGCUGUUUGAGGUGCAACCAGGAUCUGAUGCAACAGCCUUGUGGAAAGUGGCCGUCAGGAUUGUGUGUACCAAGAUCAACAAGGAGAAUGGUUCGUUGGAAGCAUCGCGGAUCAUGAACCUGUACCAGUUCAUCCAGCUGUAUCGUGACAUCACCAGUCAGGCUGCUGAGGUGCUGUCUGCAGAGGGAGCCAGCCAAGACCCAUCUGGCCAGCUCCCUUCCACAGGCUCCUGCCAGGCCAGCAUGUGGAUGGGCAGAGUGAAGCAGCUGACUGAUGAGGAGGAGUGCUGUAUCUGCAUGGACGGGAAGGCCGACCUCAUCCUACCCUGUGCGCACAGCUUCUGUCAGAAGUGCAUUGAUAAAUGGAGUGGGCAGAGCCGAAACUGUCCGAUAUGCCGCCUGCAAGUGACUGCUGCCAAUGAAUCGUGGGUAAUGUCUGAUUUUCCCACAGAGGAUGACAUAGCUGGCUAUAUCCUCAACUUGGCUGAUGAGGCAGGCCACCCACACAGGCCUUAACACACUGAGCCAAUAUGAUAAGGGACAUUGACCUGUAUCAAGGAGACUACACUACACUAAAUGUCACUUUUGAGAGGCAGAGAUUUUUUUUCUCUUCAAAAGCUAGCAAUGCAGAGGAGGAUGUUGUUGAGCUUUUGCUUUUUUUAUUUGUCAAGGAAAAUAAUAAGGAAAUGAUGUGCUAGGUAUGAAAAAAAUCAACUAACUGAAAUAUAACUGUGAGGUCUCUGAAGUUUUAUUGCAUGUAGCAUUUUAUUUUUUUAUCAUCAUUCCUAUCGAUUUGAGACACAAAACUAAGGGAUUUCCAACCCAUAUGGAAAGUACAGAUUAGCCUGAAUUUACCCUAUAUAUAUAUAUAUAUAUAUAUAUAAAUUACCCAAUGGAUCCAUGAUUUAUGGCCUUCGAAAGAUAAAUCCAAAUAUGGAUUUAUCUGUUAGUCUUUCUAGAUAACUGAAAUAGAGGAUUUUUGUUUUUUUUGCCUACAACCAUUUUUUUCUUAAAUCAGGACAUUCCUAUUUACAGCUAAAUACCAGCUAAAUUGAAGGGCAUUUUGAGUAAAGUUUUCAGCAAAUUAGCUGAAAAAUUUACGAUCGGUAAAAUAAUGUGUUAAUACUCGACUCACUUAAAAUACAGGAAUUUACUUGUAACCCAUGUAUUGUAGAUAACCAGGUAAAUAACCAGGAGCACAGCUCUUACAGUACAAAAACAUUUAGGUUCAGACAAACUAGACACUUUAAAAUAUGAAUGCUGAUCUGAGGUGAAGUGAAGUUUUUCAUACUAAUAUCAUACAAAAUAGGUGAACUUAUAGUAGCUCUCAUAUCAAGGGAGCUGACUUCGAGUAGAGAUUUGAUUGAAAUGUUUGAUACCACUCUUAUGUCUGUCUUUGGUUACCUGAUAUCAUCUCAGAGCUAAGAAAUAGUCUUGCCCACCACAUGAAACAGCCAACUGACAAGGUUCUAUUGUAAUUUUGAUAUGGAUGUGUUGAUAAGUUAUCUUUAGAGGUGCAGGCUGGAGCUGUCUGUGUAAUUUACAGAUUUGUGAGUGGGGUCGAUCUUCUCAUCCGACUCCAGCUGAUAACAAAUAAACGUUUCCUGAAAUGUAGAACUUUGGCUUCAUGAGCAAAUCGAACACACUGAGACGCAACUUUCUUCCUUCAGAGUUUCUGGUCAAACAGUGAAGCCAAAUGUAUUUUCCACAUGUAAAACUGAGAGGUAGUCUGUGUAAUGUAACGCUGCAUGUUUAUACCCCAGAUGACACGCGAUAUUAGCUGUCAUGUGAACAUGUUAUAAACUGAUGCUCUGAUCCACUUCGGACCCGACUCUGGGUGUACAAGACUAAAUAGUUUUACAUGAUUUUAAUAACUUGGCUGGCUGUGCUGUUUUGUUUACUGUUGGAAUUAACCACUAUUUUUGUUGUUCUCAUCUUUAAAUGUUUUAUAGAUAUAUUUUUCCCAUUAAAUAAUUACACAAUAUUAAGAUUAUUUUACUCAAAGUGCUGGAGUAGUACCGUUUUUCAUAUUUCCAAAGCUGUUUAUUAGCUUUGAUUUGUCAUGCCAUUAAUUCAAGAUUUAUUGAGACGGGCAGCUUUUAUAGAGCCUGACCUCUUAAAGGAUCACAGUAAUGUGGAAGAUUUUCUUUUCUUGUUUCCAAAUGAGUGAAAUCACAGGAAGCACCUUUAGUAAAGUGGUUGUGAUUUAUGUGAAAUGGAUUCCAUGCUGAAGUAUUUGAAGAAAUGUGAAUAUGUAUCAACCUAAUUUGAAUUCGAUUCAUAAAUGUAUGUUUUAAUAAAAUGUAAAGCUUUAUUUAAAGAUGAAGAAUAAUUAAUUGCUAAUAGUUUUUGGUGACUCUGAGUCAAAUUUGCAUUUGAUUGCAUUACAUUUAGAAAAAAAAAUCCCGGCAUGAGACAAUAGCUUCAAUAUUAUUAACAAAAAUUUGACAUAAGAAUUUGACACAGUAGUAAUUUACUUUGUAGCAUUUCUUUUCUCUUCUGUUAGAAGACCAAAAACAUGAUUUCUUAUUGCACAAGAAGUAUUUUUGGUUGUUGAUGCUGACAAAUCGCACCUUAAAACCUGUAGCUCUCCAUCAGUGUAUGUGCACUACAACAGCAGCUGAUCUUAUCUCUGAGGUGUAGAAUAGAAUAUCUGAUGACACUGUAAUCUAACUUCAGUUAAAAUGAUGUUGAGGCGUUUUUCACCAAAUUAAUCAAGUGUUUGACCAGAGGCCUUCUGCUCUGCAGGCCACAUGACUGCGUGGUCUGAAGACAAAUUUAUAAAAAAAGAUAUAUUUAAAGUAUGAAUGUUCAAUUAAGUUCCAGGGUCAUGUUUCAUAAUUCCAAUAUAUGACUCAUUUAUUGCAUCUGAGCCUACAAACGCUCCAUUCUAUGUAAAUGUCUUUGAAUAUGCCCUAAUCACUCAACCUGUUGUGUAAUGUAAUGUUGAAUCCAAAAGGUGGAAGCAUCGUCCUUUAACUUUACUGAUAGCUGUUCUGGAAUCAUUGGAGCUGUUUCAUUUACAAAACUGAAUGGAAGGUGUGUGUAACCUGGUUUUGUUCUCACUGUAUAAUCCUAAAUAAAGAGGUACUUGCUUGUU